AUGUCGUCGAGCGGAACGGCGGGGGCCGGAGGCGUGGCGACAGGAGUCGGUGGCUGCGGUGGCGGGGGUACUGCGGUGGGCGGAGGAAGUGAUCCGCCGAAACCGUCGAUCAAGGACUUCAAGGUCGUGAAAGAACUUGGCACAGGAAACUUUUCCACCAUCGUGAAGGCGGAGCACCGGCGAACCGGCAAGCCUUUCGCCCUCAAGAUGAUCGAGAAGGCGGAGGUGAACCGUCUGAAGCGCCGGCACGAGAACGUGUACAACGAGAUCUACAUGGAGAAGCGUGCCCUCACCAAGCUGAGCCACCCCAACAUUGUCAGGAUGCACUCCACCUUCCAGGACUACAGCACCCUGUACUACCUGUUGGACAUGUGUGACGGGGGAGAGGUAUGGCAGCGGCUGACCGUGGACGAUAAGGUGGUCGGGGCCCACCCUUCGCUGGCGAGGUUCUGGCUGUCCGAAGUGGUGUCGGCCAUGGAGCACAUGCACCGAAGGGGGCUAGUGCAUCGAGAUCUCAAGCCGGAGAACAUGAUGCUGACCAUGGGGGGGCAUGUGAAGCUGGUGGACUUCGGUACUUGCAAGGACCUACUGGAGACGGACAUCAACGGCGGGGAGUUCGUGGGCACCGCGCAGUACAUGUCGCCGCAGGCCGUCGCCAGCGAGGAGCAGGUGACGGUGGUGGCAGAAUUGGGGAUCCAAUCCCUACGGUCGGGAAGAGACGCGAGGAAGCUGACAUGGCAGUAUCGCAUGUGCGGGAUGGGAGAGGAGAGGUUGCCGAGGAUUGUAUGGGAGGCGAAGUGGGCAAACAAAAAGAGGGGUAGACAACCCACGGAAUGGGUCAAGGUUGUAGAGGACGUAUGGAAGGGGCUCGACAUCGACGAAGAUGAAACGCUGGAAACGGAGGGGUUCAAGGACUACCUACAUGGGCCAAUGGAUGCAGGAACAAAGCUUAAGGUCAAAUUCAGGACCGGGGACAUAGACCUUCGAGAACGUCGACGAAGACAUAGGACGGCAGACGACGAAGACGACGAGUUCAAAUGUGAUUGCGGCUUCGAAUGCGAAGACCGUGUUCAUGUAGUCGCGGAAUGUCCGUUGUACAAGAAGGAGAGGGAAGUGUACGUGACGGAGCUGGGAAAAAUAGAUAGGAAGUACAGGGAGAUGUUUGAGGCAUGGAAUAGAGAGGAAAGGACGGUAGCUGUA